GUAGAUAAGGUGUGCAUCGUUCUGAGGUGAAAUGAGUAGUUGUUGGGUUCCUCCACCUUGGGCAUGUUCAAGCAUGGCCGAAGUGAAGCAACAGCAUUCCCUCCUCCUCCGUUUGGGACUCUCCACGAACAACCACGCCAUGUCUCGCAUCUUCACCUUCUGCUCCCUCUCCAAGCACGGAGACAUCAACUACGCCCUCAAACUCUUCACCACUCUUCCCAACCCAGACACCUUCCUCUAUAACACUCUCUUCAAAGCCUUCUUCUCCCUCUCCCAAACCCCUUCCCUUUCCCUCCUCUUCUACUCCCACAUGUUACAACAUUGCGUCACGCCCAACGCUUUCACCUUCCCCUCUCUCAUAAGGGCAUGUAAACUUGAGGAAGAAGCAAAACAGCUUCAUGCACACGUUCUUAAAUUCGGGUUUGGAGGGGACACCUACGCUCUCAACAACUUGAUUCACGUGUAUUUCGCUUUUGGUUCCUUGGAUGAUGCUAGGAGAGUGUUUUGUACCAUGUCUGAUCCUAAUGUCGUAUCUUGGACUAGUCUUGUUUCCGGGUACUCUCAGUGGGGACUCGUUGACGAGGCUUUUCGCGUUUUUGAGCUCAUGCCUUGCAAGAAGAAUUCUGUUUCUUGGAACGCCAUGAUUGCUUGUUUUGUCAAGGGAAACCGAUUUCGCGAGGCGUUUGCUUUGUUUCGAAGGAUGAGGGUGGAGAAGAAGAUGGAGUUGGAUAGGUUUGUGGCUGCCACAAUGCUCUCUGCUUGCACGGGAGUGGGAGCUCUAGAGCAAGGGAUGUGGAUACAUAAAUAUGUUGAGAAAACUGGGAUUGUCUUGGAUUCAAAACUUGCCACAACUAUUAUCGAUAUGUAUUGCAAGUGUGGUUGUUUGGACAAGGCGUUUCAUGUGUUUUGUGGGUUGAAAGUAAAAAGAGUUUCUUCAUGGAAUUGCAUGAUCGGGGGGUUUGCAAUGCAUGGCAAAGGAGAGGAUGCUAUUAGGCUUUUUAAGGAGAUGGAGGAAGAAGCAAUGGUUGCGCCUGACAGCAUCACUUUUGUGAACGUUCUCACAGCUUGUGCUCAUUCAGGUUUGGUUGAGGAAGGGUGGUAUUACUUUCGUUACAUGGUUGAUGUUCAUGGCAUUGAUCCCACCAAGGAGCAUUAUGGUUGCAUGGUUGAUUUGCUUGCUAGAGCUGGAAGGCUAGAGGAAGCGAAAAAGGUCAUAGAUGAGAUGCCUAUGAGUCCUGAUGCUGCUGUCUUGGGUGCCCUUCUUGGAGCUUGUAGAAUUCAUGGGAAUUUGGAAUUGGGGGAGGAGGUUGGUAAUAGAGUGAUUGAACUAGAUCCUGAAAAUAGUGGACGUUAUGUGAUACUAGGUAAUAUGUAUGCUAGUUGUGGAAAAUGGGAACAAGUUGCUGGUGUGAGGAAAUUGAUGGAUGAUAGGGGAGUGAAGAAGGAACCAGGAUUUUCAAUGAUUGAAAUGGAGGGUGUAGUGAAUGAAUUUGUUGCCGGGGGGAGGGAUCAUCCCCUGGCUGAGGCUAUAUAUGCCAAGAUUUAUGAGAUGUUGGAAUCAAUUAGGGUGGUUGGUUAUGUUCCUGAUACUGAUGGUGUGUUGCAUGAUCUUGUUGAGGAGGAAAGGGAGAAUCCCCUGUUCUACCAUAGUGAAAAACUUGCAAUUGCUUAUGGUUUGUUGAAGACCAAACGAGGAGAGACCCUUCGUGUCACCAAGAAUCUGAGGGUUUGUAAAGAUUGUCACCAAGCAAGUAAAAUGAUCUCCAAGGUUUAUGAUUGUGAUAUAAUAAUAAGGGAUAGGAGCCGUUUCCACCAUUUUAGUAAUGGAGAGUGUUCUUGUAAAGACUACUGGUAACUACUACUGUUGUGAUGAGUUACCAUUUUUUUAUUCGUUUAAGUUAAAAUGUAUAAAUCCUAUAUAUCUAAUGUGAAUCUAAAAGCAGCAUGCUUUAACAUAUA